ACACAAGCUAAAAGUUCCCCCCUCAUAAAAAAAGAAACAUCAACGAAAAAUAAUCCAACAAACCAACAAUUUCAAUCAUUUUUAACGCGAAAAUUUAAAAAGGCAACUUUUUAAUCAAAACCCAAAAUAAAAUUAAAUCAUAAUCACCCAUAAAAGUGGCAAAAAACAAGAGGGAAAAAACCCCCCGCAGCUGCAAAAAGCAAUCAAUAAACUGCGACACACAAACUACACAAAGGAGUGAGCGAGACAACUAUAGUGUAGCAUCAACGUACGUGUGAAAAGGUCUACAGCUGAAAAGACCCCAGCCGAGGCUUCAAAAGCAGCGAAGAAUAGAAGAGAAUUGGCAAAACUAAGAGGAGGAGCUAAGGAGAACAGAAAAGAGAUAAAUCAAACAGACUGAUAAACAAUACAUAAAGUUAAAGGUUAAACUAUAUAAAAGGUAAAUAAAAGCUGUAAAUAAUACAAAGAGAAACACAAACCGGACGCAGCUACGUGCUCAAAAGCCCGUCGAACAUCUUCGCCGCCCUUCGCGUUCGUUAAAGAUUGGAAGAAAGUGGAAAGAGCAAAGAAGAAGGAGAAGGAGAUAACAACCAAAGAGAUACAACACAUAAACGACGACGACGACAAGAGCAUUUUAGUUUUGAAAAUUUGAGAAAGAGGCGGCCUUCCCCCCUCUCCCUCUAUAACCCCCCACUACCCUCCACGACCGAGUUUGGUUUCGAUUUAUAGAAAUUUGAUUUAAGUGCGUGUGAUAUUUAACGUUAAGCAUUAAUUUAGCGGAAUAACCAAAAACAAAAAAAAAGCAAAACAAAAAUAAGCAGAAAUUUUAUCAGAGAAGCAGAGAACGAGAGAGAGAAAGAGAGAACGAGAACGAAAACAUCUUUAAAGGAGAAAAGAAAGUGACGAAGAAAUUACUAUGACAUACUCGCACAAUAGCGUUAGGAACAACAUCAAAAUGACAACAGCAUCAGCAACCAAGUCCAUACGUUUGAAAAAGGGAGCGAGUGAAUCCCCCCCGCCUCCCGCACCACCAGCAACCACAUCAGCAUCCGCACCAGCAACACCUUUGGUAACAACUGCACAUUCCAACAGUAUUGCCAGCAGUACAAAUUUCAUCAACUCCAAUCACCACUCAUCAUCAUCGCCCACAAACUGCCCCAGUUUCGGCGGCAACACUUCCUCCAUGCAGACGCCGAAUAAUCGUCAGCGACAGCAACAACAACAACAGCAGCAGCUAUCCCAGUCGGCAGGUGCUCAGCGCAGCCGCCAGCAGCGUCAGUCGCCCCAACAAAACAUCGGCGGAGGCGGCGGUGGAGGAUUCUUUUUUGCCAACAAUAACAACAACAACAACAGCAGAAGGACUGGCGGUGGUCGUUCUCCUCCCCAGUCGCCUCCCAUGGCAAUUUUGGUGCGUCAAUCGCCGGCCAGUAUUCUGGGCGGUGGCUUCUCGCCGGCUUUAGUGGCCAGCAGCAACUCCGCCCGAAAGCAGCGCCGGAGUCCCCCCCUAACUCCCUUCAGUGGUGGCAAGAUCUCGCCUCAGCAACAACUCAUACCCACCGCAUUGACGCAUUUUGCGGGUAGCAAGUGCUUCGAUGCACCAGCUCCCACGGCCUUGCCAAAGCCGCCGCAACACUGGACAUCGUCCGGUGGCAGCUUGCUGACAAAGUCCGAAGAGAAACUGGUGGCCAGCAGUGCUGGUCUUUGCUUGCAGCGUGGUUUCGUCAUGCGCACGGGCUUCAGCACCGGCGAAAAGGCCGCCACCAAAUUCCACUUGGGACGCUCGUCGAAACGCAAUCUGAUGGAUGAAUACGAUACGCACAAUCUGAAACUGUUGCUCAACGUGCAGUCGUAACGCAAAAGGUGCAGAAGUUGUUAAACAAUACGAAAAAAAAUACAAGGAAACUGUGGCGAA